AUGGAGGCCUUGAUCCCGUACUGGUUUCGUCGAGGCUCCUGCCAGACCCGGGAUCCGGAGGAGGCGGACUACUUCCUGGUGCCAUGGUUCACCUGGUGUGACCGGAUGAUCUUCCGAAUGAAUCAAUCGCGUGAGCCCGUCGGCGACAUCUCUGCUGUGUACCUGGACCUCAUGCGGCGCAAGGAUGAGCUGCUUCCACAUUGGUCCCGACAGCUGGGCCGUGACCACAUCUUCAUCUUCUCCGAUCAGGGGAUGAACUUCUUUCCGGAGUGGCGGGACUACAUCCCACAUUCCGUGUUCCUCACCACGGAGGCUCUGACUCCCGGCUGUGGCCCCAGCUGCUACAACCCAUGGAAGGACUUGGUGCUGCCAGGACAUCCGGACUAUUUCCGCUUCCGGCGAAUGAUGGAGGUGAACCUACCCACAGAUCAGCGCGAUCUGCUCUUCAACUUCCACGGUCGUCAUCCCGGGUUUGGGCCAAGCUAUUACAAGGACAAUGUGGUUCGCGGCAAGAUCAUUGAUACCUUCACGGGAGUCCACGGCGUAAGCGUCGGCGGCUUCGUGGAGGGCUACUUUGAGAUCAUGGGUGCCUCGCAUUUCUGCCUGGUUCCCAUGGGCACGUCUUCCUGGACCAACCAUCUCUACGAGUCCUUCUUCGCUGGGUGCAUCCCGGUGAUUCUGAGUGAUGAUUUCGGGGUGCCCUUUGAUGGCGACAUUCGCUGGGAAGACUUCUCCAUCAAGUGGCCCAUGGCAGACGUAGAUAUGGACCUGUACUACCACUUGCUGUCAAUUCCCAGCGGAACGCUUCGGCGGAUGAAGGCAGCAGUGGAUGCCCACGCCUGCUGGUUCGACUACCAUCAGGUCCUCGAGCAAGAAGGCCAGAAGU